AUUUACUGUAAUUUACAAUGUUUUUGUUGUUAAAAAUUUAACCUAUAAUUUUAUUAUUUAUAAAAACAAUCCAUUGGAUUUUAUUAUUUGAAUAACAACAUUAUUUGAAGAAAGAUAAACAUCAAAUAUGAAGUCAGUCCAAGAACCUGAAGAUUUAAAAAUAGAAGAGCUAGAUGGAAAAGCAAAACUACGAAAAUGGUUAAAUAUGAACUUUAGAAUUGAAAUGACGGAUGGACGAAUUCUCAUCGGUGUAUUCCUGUGCACGGAUCGAGAUGCUAAUGUUAUACUGGGUGCUUGUUCAGAGUACUCAAAGAAUAGUGACGGAGAGCCCGAAGAACCAAGAGUGCUAGGUCUAGUCAUGGUGCCUGGAAGGCAUAUAGUCUCAAUACAGAUAGAUGAUACAAAUCCACCACAAAAAUAUUAUUAUGAGGAAUGAUUUUGUUUUGUGGAAAGUUAAUUUAUUAAUAUUUAAGUUACCAACAAACGAGCAGCAAUGGAAAUCUACUGCGAAUGAAUUUGAUAAGCCAUGGAACUUUCCACAUUGUAUUGGCGCCAUGGAUGGAAAACAUGUGGUCAUCCAAAGACCAGAAAAUACUGUGGGCGAAUUUCAUAACUAGGUGUGGUACAAG